AUGGAAGUAAUACAAAUCCCCCAAUAUGAAAGUGAAACAUCUGAUGCGGAAAUGGUCGAAGAAAACCAUGAAAUAAAUGAAAAAAUUAAUAAAAAAAGAAGAUUAAAAUAUUGGAUUAAAGAAGCUACCUAUGACAAUCCUUGUGAAGCAGAAGCAUCAAUCGAAAAUCAAUGGUCUAAACAUUAUACAAAUUAUACUGAACAAGGUCGAAAGGUUUAUUAUCGUUGUAAACGAAGGAAACGUCGAGAUCCUCAAUGUAAUGUUAGCAUGUAUAUGUCACAGGCAAAAUUGAAUUUUAGGCAAAAUUAG